UAAAGAGUUACUGAAUUCUGAACAGGCUUCACCCAAACCCAAUAUCUUCCAAUUGGAAUGUAUAAUUAGCAGUAAAAAAAGUUUUUUUUAAUGGUUUACGGAUCAUCGUGAAAUGGUUUCCUGCCAAGUGUAGUGUAGUAUAUGAGGAAUUUAUCAAUUUUGACACCCUCCCUAUUUAUCGUUUAAAAAUGUUGUUAAAUUUAUUUCAAUCAUUUCCUUUACAAUGUUUUUGAUUCUCAAUUGCUUUUUUGUUUUAUAGACUAAGUGCGAGAAGUUCCAUACAAUUUUUAAUACGAAUCCAUCAUCAACCCUUUGAAGCAUACAUAAGUCAUAAAUAAAAAGACCGACUUUUGCCGUCCCCGAUAUCCCGUAUAUUCCGUCCUGAAAUUUCUUUUUUUCUUUUUUCAUCUCUUUACUUUUACAUUGUUCUUUCGUUGGCCUCUGAUUGAAGAAUUUCAUUUGCCUAGUUACGGACUAUGAGCGAAGAGCCUGUAGUAUUUUUUGAUAUUGGGAUUGGAGGUAAUUAUAUUGGAAGAGUCAGAUUUCGCUUGUUUUCAAAUACCGUUCCCAAAACAGCUGAAAAUUUCAGACAAUUUUGUACUGGAGAAGCCAAAGGACCAAAUCGAAACCCAAUUGGAUAUAAAAAUGCAACCUUUCACAGGAUUAUCCCGGAUUUCAUGAUCCAAGGAGGGGAUUUUGUUAGUGGUGAUGGUACAGGCAGCACUACUAUUUAUGGUUCCCGUACAUUCCCCGAUGAGAACUUUGCUUUGAAGCAUGACAGACCCGGUUUGCUAAGUAUGGCGAACGCCGGUAAAGACUCUAAUGGGUGUCAAUUUUUCAUUACCACUGUACCCUGUGACUUUCUAGACGGAAAGCACGUCGUAUUUGGUGAAGUAAUUGAAGGAUUUGACGUUGUAAAACAAAUUGAGUCUACGCCAGUUGGUACCAGUUCCCGCCCAAAAAUGAAUGUAGUUAUCAUGGAGUGUGGUGAAAUGUAAUUUUUAUUCGAGAAUUAGCAAAAUUAUUAAAAACAUCAAUGGAAAGUAUCUAUCAAUUCAUUUGUGCGUAUCCUUUUGUUUCGAAA